AGUGUGAUGAGCAGCUGCUUGCUUCCAUUCAUUACCAUAUACUCGCUCGCUUGUGUCCAUCAUCGACCGCUUGAGUAAGCGCGCUCAUGCCUAAAAGAGAUCUCUGAUCACAUUCAUUCAUCACUGAUGUGGACGAGCGCCGGGAGAGACUGAACGCUGAGCAGUCAGAAGGAAUUUCCAGCAGUUUGUGGUGGGAAUAUUGAUGUGAGCGGUUACUGCAGAGACUCUCCGCUCAUAGAGGAGUGUUUACCGAGCAGAUCUCACGCGCACUGCAAUGAUCGCUCCAUCACAUCCAGUCUGAAUUUGGUCGAGUCGCUGGUGCCGACGGGGGCUGCAUUGGUUAUACCCCUACUAACGAGGAGAUCAAAAUGGGGAACAGUUUCUCCAACAUAUCUGCGUUUCAGUCCCUCCAUAUAGUGAUGCUUGGCUUGGACUCUGCAGGGAAAACAACCGUCCUUUAUAGGCUGAAAUUCAACGAGUUUGUCAACACUGUGCCUACAAUAGGAUUCAACACGGAAAAAAUCAAAUUGAGUAACGGCACGGCCAAAGGAUUAAGCUGUCAUUUCUGGGACGUUGGUGGGCAGGAGAAACUCCGGCCCUUGUGGAAAUCUUACAGUAGGUGCACGGAUGGCAUUAUUUAUGUGGUGGACUCUGUAGACGUGGAUCGACUGGAGGAGGCCAAGACGGAGCUGCAUAAAGUGACCAAAUUCGCUGAAAACCAAGGAACGCCGCUCUUAGUAAUAGCUAAUAAACAGGACCUGCCGAGAUCUCUGUCUGUGGCGGAUAUAGAGAAGCAGCUGGCGCUCCAGGAGCUCACGCCUGCCACCACCUACCACAUCCAACCGGCCUGUGCCAUCAUAGGCGAUGGGCUUCAUGAAGGCAUGGACAAACUGUACGAAAUGAUAGUCAAACGACGAAAAAGCCUCAAACAGAAGAAAAAGCGAUAACUCUCUACAAAGCCUCCACUUGCCUUUUCCCAUUGCUUAUGGCCUGAGUCACUGGAUUUGCCAUGUCAAUGUUGCACUGCUGACAUGCAUCUGAACGGUUGUUGUUUGUUGUUGAGCUGGAUUUAUGUUGCAUGUAAUCUUGAUGGCAACCAAAAUGGAAAAAACUAAAUGGAAACAAUUUGUUAAAAGGGCUGGUCCCCUAUUAAGCUGCCAUUAAUUUGCAUAGUCUUGUCAUCAGUUUGAAGGAGUUCUCUACUGAAGCACUGUGAAAAAUGCUGUAAGAUGUCAUUGAAUGCAUGAUAUCUUAUUUUGAAUCUUAUGGAACAUCGAGAUAACUGCUGAGGACAUUGUCAAGAACUGUAGCUUCAAAAUCCCAGAAUGAAAUUGGGGUGUGAGGACCUUGUAAUUCACAAAAUUACUGUAACUUCACUGGGUAUGAAGUCUCGUGAAGACAUCUAGAUUCACAGGAACUCUGAAGAACUCAAGUGAUGGACUGGGCAUUGCCUGGGACACGGUCCACUUCUAAGCACUUUUUUUUUCUUACCAGAUAGUAGUGUACAAAACUGUAGAUCAGAUAAUAGACUGUCAGUGUAUUACAAAGUCGAAAUGAAUCCUGAAAUAUUUUGUCAAUUAAAAUGUGUGUUAUUGCAAA